AUGUUUCCUCCGAGGGACAGGCUUCGAAAUUUUAACAACCUGUUUCUGGCAGCUACAAAGCAAGCCAAGGAUAAACCGCUAAUCAUCGCUGGGGACUUCAACGCGCACAAUAAAGCGUGGGGUUAUUCCAAAAAUGAUGGCAAAGGGAACAAACUUGCCGAGUGUGCGGAAAUCCUUGGUCUGAAACUCAUCACGGACCCGAGAUUUCCGACACGCAAGGGUAAUUCGGCACAGAGGGAUACCACCCCAGAUUUGGCCUUCCUGCGCAACGUAGAAGGGUCAUGGGACAACCUACAGAAGGACCUGGGUAGUGACCACUUCAUUACGGAAAUCAACGUAAGCAUUACACAACCCCCACCUAGAAUUUACAGGUACAUUGACUGGGAUGUGUUCCGCGACAUCCGUACCAAAGAAGAGAGGCCCCGGGAAACAUUCGAAGACCUCAUUAGUAAUCUCAAGGAGGCGGUCCAGAAGGCCACCAAAGAGAUCUCCACGGAACUAGAACUAGCGGUGCCUGCAAUGGACUCUAGGCUAGCCCAUCUCCUGGAGGCCAAAAACGCCCUGAGAGAGAGGUGGAAGAGACAAAAGAUGAACAGGAGGCUCAGAACCAAGAUAUCCGAACUCAACAAGGAGAUCGAAUCGCAUGCCAAGAAGCUCGCCGCGCUGCAAUGGGAUGAGGUAUGCAACGAGGCAGAUGGUAAAAUGCGCAAAGGCAGCAAGUGGAGCCUACUCAAGCAUCUGCUUACUGACGGCAACAAACCAUCCAAAAGCAGCGCCCGGUUGGAAAUUGAAAGGCUUGUGCACAUGAACACCAAACACGGCGGAGAUCCGCAGGCCUUCGCUGACAAAUUAGCGGAUAUUUACAUCCCGCUUGAGGGCAAGUCCAUUCCGUGGAAUAACUCAAGGCCCGAAUACCAAGGGUCCCUGCAGUCAGCCUUGGAUAGACCUUUCGAGGUUGCGGAGAUUGUUCAUGCCUUGCGGUACCUAAACGAACGGUCGGCGCCCGGCCCAGAUGGAAUUACCAACAAGCUCCUUAGAAACCUAGACAACGCAGCGAUAGAAGUCAUUACAGAAAAAAUCAACCAAGUGUGGUCCGAUGGCCAAGUCCCCGAGGAGUGGAGAACAGCCAACUCGUAUUCAUAA